AUGGAUAACUCAUCAAAGGAAAAAGUUAUUACUGAAGUUCUGCAAAAAGCUUAUAAAGAAGGAGGUAUUGUUCUAAAAGAAAAAUUACGUAAAUUAUUAGUUGAACGUAAAGUUCCAUUUAUACCGGUAACAAACGAAAUUGAGUCACUUCGUCCACUUGGUCAUGGUGUUUUUGGUAUAGUUGAAUUGAUACGCUAUGAAAAAAAAUUAUAUGCACAUAAACGACCACGUCAAAAUACAAGUGAACAACGUAGUGGCAUACUUGAAGAAGGUAUUAAAUUAUCUGAUAUAGCUCAACAUCAUCCAAAUAUUCAACGUUUAAAUUUUAUUAAUCUUCGUACAUUUGGUCUCGUUAUUGAUUAUUGUAGUAAUGGUUCACUUGAUGGAUUUGUAAGAGAAAAAAUUUCAAAUUAUACAUUAGUUGAUGUUCUUAAUUGGGGCUAUCAAUUAGCAGAUGCAUUAAGUUUUUUACAUUCCAAUAAGAUUAUUCAUCGAGAUGUUAAAAUGCAAAAUAUUCUUUUGAAAGAUAAUUAUCAAACACUUGUUCUUACUGAUUAUGGUACUGCAACACAGCUUGGAAAAAGUUGGAUGACGGACAAUGUUGGCACACCAAUCACUAUGGCACCUGAAGUAUUUGCUUAUAAUCAAUAUGCUGAACAAUGUGAUACAUAUUCUUGGUCUAUUGUUUUCUGGCAAUUAAUCUCAAAAAAAUUAUUACCUUAUGGAGGAGAAGGCAAAGGUUUUCUAUUAUCUGUCGUACAACAUAAACUUCGUCCACCUAAAUUUAAUCAUUGUCCAGAAUUGUUUAUGGCCUUGAUGUAUCGUGCAUGGCAUUCAGAUCCAAAUGAACGACCAACAUUAUUAUUUAUAAAAAAAAUUCUUCGAUUAAUACUAAAUGCAUUACCAAAAAAAAAAGAAGAAUAUACACAAGAAAUGGCGGAUGAAAUUAAAAGACAAUGGAUACAUGAUUCUGGUUUAUCAGAAAAGUAUUUACCCUAUGAACCACGUUUUAAUAAUGAACAAUCAAUGAAUCUCUAUCAAGAACAUUUAACAGUAAUGGAACGUGUUAUGAAAAUACACAAAGAUAUAGCUGAAUUAAAACAAAAAACAGCAAAUGUUGAUCCUUAUGAAAACUUAUUAUAUGAAAAUGAACAACUGCAGAAAGAAAUUGACGAAUUACAACUACAGACAGUUACUUAA